UUGGAACAGUCUAUAUAUACAGAGAUCUGUUAAUAUUGUGUUUGUUGUAUUCAGUAAUGAGAUCGGAACAGAUCAAACCAAACCUAUUUUCUUCUCACAAACAUUCAACAAGAUAAAACAACCCACACAACCUCGUAGAACCACACCCUCGCCACCUACAGCCACGCCCCCUUCUACUACAACCUCGACAUCAAGGAGUGGUCCCUCCUCCUCCUCCUACCAGAAGAAUAAUGAAGGGGGUGUGUCUGGUCCUAACCCAGGUUCUGCGGGAUCUCUAGGGAGUGGAUCUACUAGGUACUAUGAGGAUACAAGGUUCUAUGAUGAACUACUGGCUCCCCACACAUCUCAGCUCUCAGUUCCUCCGUACAAUCCGUACUAUUCUCCAGAAGUAUUCUCCUAUACUCAGGAGGUAUCGGAGUCAGACCUAGAGGUUUCGGAGAAUAUUACAGAAUUUGAGACUGAAACGGAUUUAGAAAAUAAUUCCAGGGAUUAUCCAGAGAUAAACGAGGAAUAUUUCGAGAUUGUGACGAAACCUUCGAAACCCUUUAAUACGUCAGCAGAUGUUACGUCAAUAGUUCCUCGUGGUUCUACAAGGGAGGGUGUUCAAAUCAUCUUGUCAGAGAUGGAAGACGACCGAGAGAAACACAAAUUAGAAAAAGACGACAUUAUUCUAAUAACUGAGCGGGGAACAGAUCCGAUAUUCUCCGAGCUGAUCGGCUCAGCAGUGUCCAGCAAUAACCUCAAGAGGAAUAAUCAAGAAUUCAAACAAAAAUCAAAAGAUUUUGAUGAAACGUUUUGUGGAGGUGCUAGUGACCUGGGGUUCUGUGCUUUAACCCCUAGCGAGCAUAUUGAUGAUCAACUGGAGAUAGCUAACCAGAUACUCGACCAGCCAGACACACAGGAUUUUAACCUUGACCAUCUCAUGAAAAAGUGUCAGCAUAUUACAGACAUAUUUGCCGGAUAUUUUAUACCAAACUUGGAGGAUUUAGGAGAUACUUCAGAGUUUGUACACUCACCUGAGGAAACAGGGGCCCCUUGGAGUUGGAAAAGUUAUCAAUACAAGAAGAAACAGAUUUGUUCUUCACAGCUUAGUUUUAUCCUUCCAGCUUAUGCUAAAGAAGUUCAGGGUACAUGGUACAGAAUUGUACAGACUGAUGAAGUACGGCAGAAGGUUGCUCUAGAUAUAUGUACAGACCCAGGCUUGCCAUGUCCAGGUAUUUCUGAUUGUGGAAAUAAGAGUGUCUGUACCCAACGGUACACUUACCAGUUCUUACUUUCAGUGCAGAACUCGCUCACAGACUGCCCAAAAAUAAGAGCUUUCAAGUUCCCAACAGGGUGUGUAUGUCACAUGGAGUUCUAAAGAGUGAAAAAAAAUCUUAUUUUAUUUAGAAAUUGUUAUAAAUUAGAACAUAUGCUUCUAAUUUUGGAACCGACUGUUAUAAAUCUUUGUGGCAUUGAAUGUUUUUAUGAGUUUUGAAAACAAUAGUCUGACAUGAUUUAGUCAAUUAUUAUGUUAUUAUAAUAUUUCAUUCAAAUUAUGCUUAUUUUUUUGCCUAGACCAAAUAGAUUCUAGUCCAAUAGAUGGCAACUUAGAAUAUAUACACUCUCAGUACAGCUGUAUUCUUACGUCAUAAGUGUCAACUUAGUUUUUGUGUCCGACAAAAUUAUUA